UGCCUUAACCCGUUCUUCAGACAGACAGACAUUACUAGUUGCGCAGGGUGAUGUUUAUAUACAUGCUAGCUAGGUAGCUGGUGUGCGACCGAAGAAAUCACUAGCUUUUUAAAGGUUUGAGUAACAUAUUGAUUAUGUUUGGAAUUAAUACAUACUCAAGAGUAAAACAAUGUCUAGUUCUUCAGCAUUACGCGAGCAGUUGUAUGGCUAUGAAGAAACGGACCAGCGGCAGUGUCGAACUUGAUCCUCAGCAUCGAGUCCAUCAUUUGAACUGCGAGCACCGUUCAGUCUCAUCAGUUUGUCAUGACAGAAGAGAUUUUCACACUUCUUCCAAYUGUGCUGGUAAAAACCUGUUGAGGAAGUUUGUCAACAAAACAAAGAAGAAGCUCUGGUAUGAAACACCGCCCCAGGGGCCACCGUCCAGUCAGCUCAGUGCUCUGAAGCCACCUAAGAAACGAAGCCAAGAGGACAACAUGCGCACCAGAAUCCUCAACUCCAUCCUGUACAAGGCCAUCACUGAUCUACUGAGCUCCCCUGAAGUCAACUAUGAGGUCUACAACUACAGUGUGGACAUCUCAAGGGUGUCACUGCCUGCAGACUUCUCUAGUUGCCGGGUCUAUUGGAAAACCAGUGGUGUGUCAGAGAGGGAUGACCAGAUUCAGCAAGCACUGGACAAGAGCAGCCCUCGUAUAAG